AUGGCGCUGCCCGGCUUUACACUCAUGCGGCUCCGUGCGUUGUGCAACCUUGGAAGUAAAACGUUUGAAAUUGGGAACCGGGUGGGAAUAAAUUGUACCUGGGCCAGUCGACACAGUACCAAAGUCGGUCCAGUUGGUACACUUGAAGGAACAGCCGAAACAACAAAAGGUCAUCCUAGCCUGCUGAAUGAGUUCCCAGAACCAAAAGAUCUUCUCUACCGUACCUUGGCCCGUUCUCUAGGGCUGUCCGAUCCUUCUCAUCUCAUCCAGUACAACUGCACCGAUGGAGAGGUCAAGAGGGCCACUGUGACGGUGAUGUGGCCUCAAAAGAUCGAGACUGUGGGUUUUGGCUCCAGGAAGAUUUUAGCAGAGCGCCAUGCUGCAGCGGCAGCUUGUCAGAAACUGAAGGAACUGGGUGUCUUGGAAGCAGAUAACCUUCCCAGAAGGAAAAAGGGCAGAGGACGAGCUUCACCUGCAUCUGUGUGGCAGGAUGAGGAUGAGGAGUGUGAAGUCCCGCUGUACAAAAGUACAUUUCUCAGCAGACCACAGAGCAGGACGAAGAGGCUUAUUCCUGUUUCUAAGAUACCAGAAGAUGAUCCAAGAGUUCAGGAAGCUCGGUCAAUAUUCUCUCAGCCAAAAGCUCUCCUUUGGAGGGUCAUUCAGAUGGCUGUGUCGCCUAACAAAGUCAGAGAAACUGUUCAAUACCGCACAGUGGGCAGGAAGUUUAAGACCUGUGAACUAACCCUGCACUGGCCCGAGAAGGUGACAUUUGAGGCUUUUGGGCGUAACAAAUUGGAAGCAGAAAAGAAAGCCUCUGCUCUGGCUUGUCUCAGACUAAAGGAACUGGAGUUGCUUGAUGAGAACAAUGAGCCUCUCACCCACGCCCAGUACCAUAAGGAAGAGGUGCGAGAGGCAGGGAAAAGGAUGCGGCAGCCCUGUAGCCUCGUCAUCCCUGAGGAGCUGGAGGACAAGAUGAGACGGUACCUCACUCAGUACCCCAUUGAGGCUGAGAUGCAGAAACUCUGGGCUGAGGAAGAUCAGCAAGCCGCAAGCCAUCAGGCCUACGAGGAAGAUGAUGAAGCGGAAGAGGAAGCUGUCAUAGACACCAUCACAGGUCAGCCUUACCGCCCCCUUGCUCCUGCCCAGGAGCAACGUCUGAGUGACAGGCUGUUGAACCAAUGGGAGAGCGCCAAUCCCGGCCUGGGCGUGAGCCUGCCCGUGGACGCUCACCGUGAGCGGGUGGUGUCGGUGGUGGAAGGGGCGCGCGUGGUGGUGCUGGCAGGGGAGACGGGGUGCGGGAAGACCACACGUGUGCCACGCUUCCUGUUGGAGGGCCGCAUUCGGGCUGGUGAGGGCGCAGGGUGCAACAUCCUGGUCACGCAGCCACGACGAAUCAGUGCUGUGUCCGUGGCCCAGCGGGUCGCCCAGGAAAUGGGCCCAGCUCUCAAACCCAGUGUGGGCUACCAGGUGCGUUUGGAGUCGCGUCCGCCGGAGCGGAGUGGCGGGGCGCUGCUCUUCCUGACUGUGGGUGUGCUGCUGCGCAAGCUCCAGAGCAACCCCACGCUGCGCGGGGUCAGUCACGUGGUGGUGGACGAGGUGCACGAGCGCGACGUCAACACCGACCUGCUGCUGGCACUGCUGCGCGCGGUGCUGCCCCAGAACCCCCACUUGCGCCUGGUGCUCAUGAGCGCCACAGGAGACACGCAGCGGCUGGUGCAGUACUUCGGCGGCUGCCCCGUGGUGCACGUGCCCGGGUUCAUGCACCCGGUGCGGGAGCGCUACCUGGAGGAGGUGCUGAGGGAGAUGGGCCGCCAGCCGCAGCAGCAGCAAGCUGUCCAGCAGAGCAGGGCACGAAGAGGGGAUGACGACGAUGAUGCUACCCCAGAUCUCAAUCUGGUUGCUAAUGUCAUCAACCACAUUCACAAAACAGGGGAUCCAGGUGCAGUCUUGUGUUUCCUGCCUGGCUGGCAGGACAUUAAAGCUGUGCAGCAGAAGCUGGAGGAGAGUCCGUCGUUCCGAUCAGGCUCUCAGAUGAUCUUACCAUUGCACUCCAGCAUGUCUGUGGCAGACCAGCAGGCUGUGUUUCAGCGCCCCCCAGAGGGGCAGCGCAAGAUUGUCCUGGCCACCAACAUUGCAGAGACGUCCAUUACCAUCGAUGAUAUUGUUCACGUGGUGGAUGUCGGCUCUCAGAAGGAGCAGAGCUAUGACCCCAAGACAAAGGUUUCCUGUCUGGACACAGUCUGGGUGUCGCGGUCUAAUGUCACCCAGCGUAAAGGCAGGGCGGGCAGGUGCCAACCCGGGCAUUCUUACCACCUGUUCCCCCGCGAACGCCUGGACUCUAUGACAACGUUCCCCAUCCCAGAGAUCCUGCGCACCCCUCUGGAGAGUCUGGUGCUACAGGCCAAGAUUCACAGCCCACAGAGCAAGGCAGUAGAGUUCUUAUCACAGGUGCUGGAUUCUCCAGAUCGGACAGCCAUUAAGGAAGCUGUGAGGAUUUUGCAGGAAAUUGGCGUGCUGGACAAAUUGGAGAGUCUGACCCCUCUGGGCGAGCGGGUGGCCUGCAUGUCGUGUGACCCACGCCUUGGGAAGGUUCUGGUGCUGUCCGCUCUCUUCCGCUGCACCUCCCCCCUCAUCUCGGUGGCUGCGUGCCUGACCAGAGACCCCUUCUACAACAGUAUGGAGAACAGAGCCCUCAUCCACGAGGCCAAAGAGGAACUGGGAGGCUCCAGCUGCAGUGACUUCCUGGUGUUCAGUCGUGCUGUGCAGGGCUGGAGGGAGGAGCAGGACCGGGACUGCAGGAAUGAGUAUCUGAAUAAGUACACUCUGUCUGGGGCCAGUCUGCGCUUCAUCCAGGGCCUGGCUCGUCAGUUCAGUGUGAACCUCUGUGAGGCUGAGCUGGUCUCCAACCCCAAUGACUGCCUCCGUCCCUCCUCCACCUACAACCAGUUCAGCCAAGAGGACGAGCUGCUCAAAGCCGUGCUGAUGGCUGGUCUCUACCCAAACCUCAUACAGGUGAAGAGAGGUGUUGUGAACAAAGGUAGAUUUCGGCCUGACGGCAUCUCUUUCCGCACUCAGACUGGGCCCGUGAUAAUGCACCGGUCUACCAUCAACAGAGGUAAAACCCAGCUUCCCAGCCGUUGGAUGACAUUCUUCAGUGCAGUCCAGUCAAACGGUCAGGUGUUCAUCAGGGACUCCUCCUCAGUCCAUCCACUAGCCCUGCUCCUGAUGACCGACUGUGACCUCACAGAGAGAGUUUCUGGUGACCAUGUUGAGGUAGCCCUGCCUGGACGGUCUCUCGUGCGCUGGGAGCUGUCCACAGAGACGUGGAACCUGCUGUGGGAGUUGCGCACAUCCCUACAGGCCAUGUUCCAUCGGAACCUGCGUCCCCACGCCGGGACCGACAGCCCUCAGGACACGGAGCUCAUCUCCCUCUUGGUGGACCUUCUGAACCACACGGACCAGCAGGGGGAGGAUGGACACAGUGAUGCGGAGUGACCGCUCCUCAGACCUGCUGCUCUCAGUUCAUCUAAACGCUUCUCGUCUCUAGUCUCUUGUUUACUCAACGCACAACGAAGGACACUCAGAUGCCGCACCAAGCUCAUUUGAAAUCAAGCUUAAUGGUGCACAUACAGACUUAUGAUUAUCGAGAUGACCGUAUUUGGUUGGUGAGGCCUUUUCCUUUAAUUUCAGUUGCUCUGGAUACAGCAUCACAUACAGGAUAUUUUGCUCUGAUCAGGCUCUAACUUUACACCCAAAAUGAAUCACAACUCAUAUAACAAAGAAUGUAUUUCAGUGGUAGGGGUCAUCUUUUAUUUUGUUUCAAUUGUUACAUGGAAAAUGUCCUGUAUGGCCUGUUGUUCGAACUGUGUAUUUUGCCUUAUGGUAAAAGUGAAAUGGUUGAUGUGGCUAAAUCUUCUUUUUUAAGAGUGUCAAGUAACAUAAAAUACAAUGGUUUUGCCAUA